GGCGCCCCCCCUUCAAUACGCAGGCGCGGUGCCUCCGGCUGCACGAGCUUUUUGCCCACUCGCUCGCCUCUUCCCGAGGAGGGCUCGGCUGCGGGCGGGUCCUAGCGCCGCUCUGCCCGGCCCCUCUAGCGCCGCCCCCGCACGCCCCUCACCGGGGCAGAGCGAUGAGCGAGGGCAGCGGGGCUGCUGCUGAGACGGAGGCGGCGACGACGACGACAACGGGCCCGCCGUGGCGGAUUAGCCCCCCAUGUUUCCCCGCGGAGCCCCAACGACGGCACAGACUGUGGUGGGGAGCGGCGUCCCGUCCUCUUUGUUGGCUGUGCUGCUGCAGUCCUCGCCCCUGAGGCUCCGGGCGGGGGACGAGGCUUCGAGGAAGGGAGAGUGCCGUGUGGCGGCGGCGGCCGCCGCUUCUGCUGCUGCUGCUGCUGCUGCUGCUGCUGAGAGAGACAGAAAGCGCCCGACGAGCAACCGGAACCAGGAAAACUGCUGGGAUUUAAUACGGCGGGCUGCGCCGAGGGAUGGCGUGUGCCUGAAGGAGGACGGGAGGCUCCGGGAAGAGAGGGAACAAAGUGUGGGGGCCAGAGAGACUCGUCAGGGGCUGCUUCUUGGGGGUCCUUUUUCUUAACCUCCGACCCCUCCGACAUUCCCCGUGAGGGGGGACUUUGCUGCUGCUUGAAACUGACCUUUGAGUGAGUUGGGAUCUACAAAAAACUAGCAACGUUUUCCUUUGGAUUUUCCUUUUUUUCACCGCUUUCCCCCCUUAAAAAAAAAUCACACUUUUAAGAAUACAUAUCUACAAAUAUCGUUCCAGUUGCUAACUUAUCCCAGAUGGCCAAUUCCCUCAACGGCCGGAACCCAGGUGGCCGAGGAGGAAACCCCCGCAAAGGGCGUAUUCUGGGCUUCAUUGAUGCUAUUCAGGAUGCAGUUGGCCCCCCUAAGCAAGCAGCUGCUGAUCGCAGGACUGUAGAAAAAACUUGGAAAUUAAUGGAUAAAGUGGUGAGACUGUGUCAGAACCCCAAACUUCAGUUGAAAAACAGCCCACCUUAUAUACUUGACAUUUUACCGGAUACCUAUCAACACUUGCGACUUAUAUUGAGCAAGUAUGAUGACAGCCAGAAACUUGCACAGCUCAGUGAAAAUGAAUAUUUUAAAAUCUAUAUUGACAGUCUCAUGAAAAAAUCAAAACGGGCUAUAAGACUUUUUAAAGAGGGGAAAGAGAGGAUGUAUGAAGAGCAAUCACAGGACAGGCGAAAUCUCACAAAGCUGUCCCUCAUCUUCAGUCACAUGCUUGCAGAAAUCAAGGCAAUCUUCCCUAAUGGUCAGUUCCAGGGUGACAACUUUCGUAUCACAAAAGCUGAUGCUGCAGAAUUCUGGAAGAAGUUUUUCGGUGAGAAAACCAUAGUGCCUUGGAAGGUGUUCCGUCAGUGUCUACAUGAAGUGCAUCAGAUUAGUUCUGGUUUGGAAGCAAUGGCUUUGAAAUCUACUAUUGAUUUAACCUGCAAUGACUACAUUUCAGUCUUUGAAUUUGAUAUCUUCACCAGAUUAUUCCAGCCUUGGGGUUCAAUAUUAAGAAACUGGAACUUCUUAGCUGUAACGCAUCCUGGAUAUAUGGCAUUUCUGACUUACGAUGAAGUUAAAGCACGGUUACAAAAAUACAGCACCAAACCAGGAAGCUACAUUUUCAGAUUAAGCUGCACUCGACUAGGACAGUGGGCAAUUGGAUAUGUCACUGGCGAUGGAAAUAUUUUACAGACAAUACCUCAUAAUAAGCCUUUAUUUCAAGCUCUGAUUGAUGGCAGCCGGGAGGGAUUCUAUCUGUACCCAGAUGGAAGAAGUUACAAUCCUGAUCUGACAGGACUGUGUGAACCCACCCCACAUGAUCACAUAAAAGUUACACAGGAACAAUAUGAAUUGUACUGUGAAAUGGGUUCCACAUUCCAGCUUUGUAAAAUCUGUGCAGAAAAUGACAAAGAUGUGAAGAUUGAGCCUUGUGGGCAUCUGAUGUGCACAUCUUGCCUUACAGCAUGGCAGGAGUCUGAUGGUCAGGGGUGUCCUUUCUGCCGCUGUGAAAUCAAAGGAACUGAACCUAUAAUUGUGGACCCCUUUGAUCCCCGAGAUGAGAACACAAGGUGCUGCAGCAUUAUGGAUAGUUUUGGUAUACCCAUGCUCGACUUGGAUGACGACGACGACAGAGAAGAAUCUUUAAUGAUGAAUCGAUUAGCUUCUGUGCGGAAGUGUACUGAAAGACAGAAUUCCCCAGUGACAUCUCCAGGAUCUUCUCCACUUGCACAAAGAAGAAAGCCACUUCCUGAACCCCUCCAAGGACCUCAUCUUAGCCUCCCACCAGUGCCUCCUCGACUAGAUCUAAUUCAAAAGGGAGUUGCUCGAUCCCCUUGUGCCAGCCCUACUAGCUCACCAAAGUCUUCUCCAUGCAUGAUGAGGAAGCAAGACAAGCCUCUUCCUGCACCACCGCCACCUGUACGAGAUCCUCCCCCACCUCCACCAGAAAGACCCCCACCCAUUCCACCAGAUAAUAGGUUAAGCAGACACUUGCAUCAUCCUGAAAGUGUGCCUUCCAGAGACCAGCCUAUGCCACUCGAAGCCUGGUGCCCCAGAGAGGUGUGUGGAACUAAUAAUAUUGCAGGAUGUCGAAUAGUAGGAGGCGAUGGUUCUCCCAAACCUGGACUCACAGCAAGCUCAAAUAUUAAUGGACGGCACUGUCGAAUGGGUUCUGAUCCAGUUUUUCUGCGAAAACACAGACGCCAUGAUUUGCCUUCAGAAAGUGCCAAGAUAUUUUCAAACGGCCAUCUAGGAAAUGAAGAGUAUGAUGUUCCACCUCGGCUCUCACCACCUCCUCCAGUUGCCUCAGUUUUGCCGAAUAUGAAGUCUCCUGUUCCUGUUAAAAAUUCCCUUCCUGAGAAACCAAGAGAAUGUUUAGAAGAAGAUGAAUACAAGAUUCCUUCAUCCCAUCCUGUUUCUUUGACUUCACAGUCACCUCAUUGUCAUAAUAUAAAGUCUCACAUUCGUGUAUGUGAGAAUGGAAUAAUUAGCGAAACACACAAUUCCGCCUCUGAAAUGAAAAGAUUGAAACAUCCAGAGAUGGGUGAUACCUUUGAGCCUACUGUUCCAGUACCUUUACCACCUGCACGACCUCCUUUGAGGGAAAACUUGAAACAUGGCUCAGUAGUCAACAGGACUCCCUCCGAUUAUGAUCUGCUUGUGCACCCUCCAGGCGAAGAUGCAUCUGACAACCCGCCACCCUCACUUCCCCCUCCACCACCCCCUGCACGCCACAGCCUCAUUGAGCAAUCAAAGCCACUCAUUGCAGGAAGCAGACCUUUGUCGGGACACGAACUCUACCUUCCUCCUGCAGAUCUUUUCUUUGAUCCUGUAAAUGGCUUAGUUCCUUUACCUCCAGUUCGAAGAUUAACUGGUGAAAAUAUGAAAACACAUAGAACAUCCCAGGAUUAUGACCAGCUUCCAUCAUGUUCAGAUGGUUCACAAGCACCAGCCAGACCUCCUAAACCACUUCCCCGCAGGACUGCUCCAGAAAUACACCAUAGGAAGGCACAUAACUCUGACACAUCUAUAGAAAAUGUUGAUGCAAAAAUUGCAAAACUUAUGGGAGAAGGCUAUUCCUUUGAAGAAGUGAAGCGGGCGCUUGAAAUAGCCCAAAAUAACCUUGAUGUAGCACGGAGCAUUCUAAGAGAAUUCGCCUGCUUUCCUCCGACCAUUUCCCCACGUCUCAAUCUAUAGCAGUGUGGAAAACCUUGCAGCAAGCCUGUCCUUCAGAAGUUUGUGAGUGUGAAAAUGAGAGCUAACAUGCAAGUGCAACACUGCGUGCAAGAGAGAGAUUAUUCUCUAGACAUUUUCAAAGAGUAGAGUUCCAGCAGUUUUUAAGGGGAAAAAACUGCUUCUUUCAAGACAUAAGUGGAUUUGAUCUUCUGUAUUUUUGCUAGCCAUACUUUUUUGAAUCAGGGUUGAACUGACAAAUAAUUUAAAGAAGUUUACUUCCCAUAAACUUUUAAUCUGUGAAAUGCUUUUUCAUGUUUACAAGGUGGUGAGUGACCAUUUUCAAGCUGAUAGUCCUCCUGUGUUCUUGUUCAUAUUUUCUACUUUUGUGUAGCAUUUCCAACUGUUUUUGUACUGACUUGCCCCAUCAACCAUAAGUCACUUAUUUCUUCUCUCCAUUUUUUCUUUUAAAGAAGCUUUAAUCUCUUUUUCCCUUUUUCUUUUCUUUUGCAUUUUAGCAUCAAGUGAAUGCAAGGGAAAAUGUGGCCUUCACUACUGAUUUUUCCCUACUGUUGUAUCUUUGCGAUUUAGAGAGAGAAAAUUGAAUGUGUAAUACAUUGUUUUGUCUUUGGUCUGCCUCUUGGAGGGCAUUUUAACUGCAACAGUGGGCAGCUUUUCUUUGACAUAUGGCCGAUAACUUUCAAGGUCUAGAUGACUUCAAUUUUAAAAUAAAUUAAACGUUCACAAUAUUAAAUUGCAUGAUAUGAUAGUUUCCCUGAAAUGUAAAUUGUACCUGGAACAUAUACUAAAAAUCCAUUUGUAUGCAUUUCAGAUUAGCCCUUCAUUCCAUGAUGAGCUUGAUGAAAGGUGCCCAUGUUCAUGCCUUGAAUAUUAUCAGGCGUGCCAAAUAGAUCCAUUGUGUCGAGUUAUAUUAGCAGUGGCCAGGUAGAUUGCACCCCUGGAAGGUGGGAUCAGUUAAUUUCCUGUGUGAAGAAUUAUUUGCUGAUUCAUCACAGCUUUGGGGACAAAUUCAUAUUAACACAGGUACUUUGAAUCUUUGCACUGUUGAAUCCAAAUGCAAUUAUUGUGGCACUAUUUCUUCAAAGCUCACAUUAUUACCUUAAAAGCACAUUCAGUGCACAGAUCAACCAAUUGCGCAGUAUCUUCCUUUUUGGAGAUACCUUAAAUAUAUUUGCCUUGAAUUCCUAGUGGUGCCCCACACUGUGACGUUCCAAAGCACAGGCUAAAUCAAGACCUUCGACUUCUUAAAUGAAGUGUUAUUGGUAAGCUCCAGCAAAAAAUCCAUAUGUGCUCUCAUUCUUCCUUCUCUUGUCAACAUUGAAGUCUCCCCCUUUCCUUUCACAUACCCUCCCUGACAUUGAUUAGCUGGAAUGACUGGUGGUCCAAGUGAAUACAGGCUGUGAGAUGGGGAAAAUGCAUAUCGUCUAUUGCUCGUGCAGCUGUUGUGAAGAAUACAGUCUGAAUACACUGACUGCUCUGUUGUGUUCAGAGCAGGAAGGUGUGGCUCCACAACUCCUUUCCUCCGUAAUCAUUGGCCAAGUUGGCUGCGCCUUAUGGAAGCUGGAGUUCAACAACAACUACAGCAAGGGGUGGGGAUCAUUUUUCAACCCAAGGCCUACAUUCUCUUGUGAGGAACCUUCUGGGAUCCGCAUAUUUCUGAGGAGUGGGGCAGCAGCAAAAGUGGUGAAGCAAUGGAUAUGACUCGUACCUUUGAAUAAUAGCCUACAUUUCAGCCAUGCAGACAGAAAUUUAUGUACACAUCUGCAUCCUUGAUCAAGGCAAGCAUGACAUGGUCACUGUUGAAGGCUACAUUCCAGAUGAGCACAAGCACUCAAGGAAAGCAUGGAGCCGGUCCAGUGAGGGGUGUAGUCUGAGGAAAGAAGGGUCCAGGGAGAGUCCCAAGGCCAGAUAGAGAGGCCUGAGGGUUCCUCACUCCUUUUCUAGAUGUUCAUAGGUUCCUUGCCCCCUGGUUUAGAGCCAAUGUAAGGCACCCAUCUCUUUAGCCCUACCACCAUAUGUGACAUGCCCAACAUCACCUGGCCUAGGGGGUCAACAUCCAAUGAAGCUGUUGUGACCUUAUAAAAACAGAUGCAAUCACUCAGAGGAACUCCUGUUCGUGAUUGAAUAUAGACUAGUGAAACAAAAGUACUGCAAGGAGGGAAUCGGGAGCCAGGUCUCCAAAAUUAAGGCUGUGAUCCAUUUUCCAGAAAUCAGAUUAGGCAAGAUCAGGGACAUCUCAGUUUGUGGUGCACAUCCUCAGCCCUUUCCCUUGGGCCAGUUUUGGGAAGGUUUUUAACCUAGCAACUCACAACACUACUUGAUUUGAUUUUGGCACUCUAGCUCAUUUAUGGUGACAAAUUUUAAAUAUAAUGUAUGGUAUAUUGGAAUCCCAGUUUUUCCAUAUCCUGUAUUCUUUCAUAAAGAUCUGAACGUAUGACAUACCCACUUCUAAACUAUUCAAAAUGUAAUUCUGUGCAAUCAUACUUGGCUAUCUCUUUGGUCCUCAUGAAGAGGCUUAUUGAUAAGUCCCGAAAAGGAUCAUUAAGACUGGUUUUGAGCCUUCUAAUUCAUAAGAACCUUGUUGAUGUGCUGCUAAGUUUAAAAGCUGCAAUUUUCCUACAGAAAACACAAGUUAUAUUCUGCCAUUUUAAAAGAUUAAUGUAUUAUAAAGAGGGAAAGGACUAUUUGUCAUAGCACAAGACCUUCAAUUGCAUUAGAGACCAUUGUUUUUAGUAUAGGUCAGUGGUUCCCAAACUGUUUGGGGGCACCACCCUCUGGGUUCCAUGAACUCAGCCCCAGUGCCCUUCUACCCUACCCUAUAAAAUGCAUUAUUCAAAAUAGUGGCAUGCACAACCAACAAAGGAAGAGAAUAUUACAAUAAAAUUCAAAACAGUAACAAUUGCAAACUUAUUCACAAUCCAAUUUAAUUAUUUAAAGUAUGCAUUUGAUCCAGUGAUGCCUGCUUUUCAAAGUCUGACAGUCAUUUACACCCUUAAUGCCCAUGCUAGGUAAUUCCACCAGUCCUUCGCGGGCAGCACUGCCCACUUUGGGAACCACUGUUAUGGGUAUUUAGGAAAAGGACUAGUUCUACUCUCCUAAAGUGCACAGUGUUGUGUUUUGUGUUACUGGAAUGACUUGGACUAAUUCCAGUAGAUGAAGGCUUGUGAAAGAAUGUGUCAACAUACUCUAUAAACUGUCCCAAGUCUGGAUAUAAUGAAUCUAGGAUUCAUAAAGUCUUUGAAGAGGUUACGAGGCCAUCAUAUCCCAGUGAAGAAUGUUCACACUAAUGUAUCCUCCAUCUAAGUCAUCCCAUGGAUGACAGAAUGGUCCUGAAAAGCAUUCUUAAUAAUAUAGCCAUGCAAAAUUAGCUCUCCGAUGGUUUGGUUAUUGCUCAUGAAUUAGCAGAAUAAUAUGGCGAGAGUUCUGUUCUGAACAAGGUCUCUACAACAUUACCACAGAAAAAGGGCUUGUUCAUACAAAUAUUCACACAUUUAAGCACACAGUGUUGUGUUUGGUACCAAAUAAUUCUCAGUGAAUCAACAAUUUCAGGGGUAUUUAAGCUACUCAGAAUGGUGGUCCUGUUCCUACAUCCCAGACUCACUCAAGAGCUUUAAUUAAUCAUUGCAACAUAAUGUCAGCUUUCUGCUAAAGAAUUCUAAAAUUGCUGACUCAGAUGAUGGGGCACAUCAACAAUGCAGACAAUAUGUAAUGCAAGCAAACUCAACGUCUGUUAAAUGAGCUGCCAAUUUAGUGCUUGAUCAGUAUCCUCAAAUAGCCAAGUAGUCUUGUGCCAGGUUUGCUUAAAUCCCACGUGUGUGCUAGAGGAUUUUUCAUAAUGUGAAUUUAUUUGUACCAGAAUCAUAUUUCCAGCUUGAAGCUUUACUUUGCACUGACCUGGUAAAUAUUUUAAUUUGUGUCUUAAAAGCUUGACAAACUUGGAAGCAGAUAAGUGUGUUUUUAAUCAGGUACUGCCUGUUGACCUGGAACGUAGUGUUUCUAGGACUGGUUUCUUGAAAGGACUGCAAUAGUUUUCAUUUUUGAAGGUUUAUCUUCUAAAUAACUAUUUUAUCUGAAAAAAAGCCUUUUUAUAAACUUGUCUAACGUGGCAAACAUAGUGAUGUGAUCGAUUUCUAUUUUAUUCAACAUUCUUUUUUCAAUUCUGAAUAUUAUGUAACCUCAAAUUACUUUAUCUGUUCUUGUAAGGUAUUUUAUAAAAAUUAAUGUUAACAGAA